AUGCAGACGCAAGCGGCUGACAAGAUAUUAAGUGACCAGACAGACAUUGCCUAUCGUCUCCAGAUUCAUAGCAGGAAGCUGAUAAAUACCUGGAAAAGGCUCUCUCCGGAGCUGUUCUCUGUUGAAGGGGAGGAAUUUCGUACGCCAUCAGAGUACAAGCUGACCCUCGACACACUUCGGGACACCAUCUUGCAAGCCGAAAAAAGACGAGAAGCAAAGAAGCGCAGUUGGGUGAAGGAGCGGUUCCUAAACUUCAUUGAUAUGAUGGACAACCACAAGUAUCUCCUCGAGUUCAUCCCAAAGGGAGAUAAGUACGUGAGCCUGUUCACUGGCGUCAUCUCGUCUGCCGUGAAGGUUUCGUUGGAACACAGAAAGAUUUCCGAAACCUUUUCCAUGGCUCUUCUGAGCAUAACCACGGAGCUGGCACGUGUUAAAAGAACGGAGAAGAUUUCAAACAGCCCCCAAAUGCGACUCCUAGUUGUUGACUUGUAUGUGGGAUUCUUUCAAAUGCUUUGCGGGUAUAUGGAUUGGCUCCAAAUGGGCACCUUGGGGAGGUUUUGGGCCUCGUGCAGCGGAAACUUUUAUGCCAAGAACGUGGAGAUUUUGACCAAGCAGGUUCAGGAGUCGGUCCGACAGAUCGAAAAUGAGGCGGAUCUCGUGUUGCAAUCGCGCAUGAAGGAUGUGCAUACCAUCGUCGGCCUCGUGGGGGAAGGCCUUGCGCAACGAACAAUCGGCCAAGGAAGUCGUUAUGACGAUGAGGUGAUGAGUCGAGAGAAGUUAAACCGAAUAGGAGAGAUGCUGGGUUCAUCGAAUGUUCGGGCCUUGGACUCGGUGGAGCAACAGGUGGCACAUGAGCAAACCGAACGCGCCGCUCUGAAAAGUGCACAUGCGAACGCCAUUCGCGUACCUACGACAGCAGCUGUGGUGAGCACACCGACAGCAGAGCCGAGACCGGAAGCCAACCACGUAGAGCAGGAUGUCGUGAUGGAGAUUGACGAAGAAGAAACAGAAGAGGCCUUCAUGCAUCGCAGCGAUCUCGAGCAGCAUAUCCACCACCUGCUUGAGCGGUAUCUCGAAGAUGGUAGGACGGAUGUGGCCCGCCAGCAGAAAAGCUCGCUCUCUGCAAUUCUUCCCAGAGAAGUCGUGAUCCAUCUGCAAACAUGGAUCAGCGAGUUUAAAUCCAGUAUCAGAUGGGUUGUCGGGACACCUGUAUCGCCCUUUGGAUCCGGCCUGUCUGUUGCGGCUCUUCGCCUCUGCGACGUAAGCAGCGAGAUAGGUAUACCGUGCAUAUCUUUCAUCUGCAAGCAGAUGUAUAACUUUGCCUCGCCCUCCUCCACCAACAUGAAAGGAAAGCGGUUCAGGCUCGAUCUGCAGGAAGCCGGUCUUAUAGCUCUCCUCUACUCAGUCAUCACUCAACUGAUUUACCUCCUCCCCGAUGAGCCUUUCCCCAUCAACCCCGUGCUGGACAGGAGCAACUUUGAGCAACUGGACGGCAGCAUGGCGAGUGCCCCAGUGGCGUUGCGAAUCAUCCGAGAAUUGGCGACCUAUGCACCGCCCUCACUGAUUUGGGUAAUCGAUAACCUGCAACUGACCGAGAGCACGACGACAAUGCCGCAUCUAAGGGAGUUCAUCGCUUUUCUGCGCGAGCAGACGAGCGCGACGGAAUUGUCGGACGAAGGAGGAACUCAGCGCCUAUCAAAGGUGUGUUUUACGACGGAUGGUAACAGCUUCGUGUUGGCCGAAGAGGUUGGUGUAAUGGAACGGAUCAAUGCGUCGAGGAUAUCCCAGAGACGGCCUGGGACGCGGUUGAGAGGCGGGCAAGACGUGAGAGAUUUGGGACGCAGGUGGCAGUAA